AUGGAGGAUGCCAUAGCGGUGUACCGGCACCUCCUUGAGACCAUGCCUGGAACGGACAUCAUCCUGGCUGGGGACUCUGCAGGCGGAGGAAUUGCAGCAGCGAUGAUGCACAAGCUUCAGGAACUCGAGCUGCCUCCUCCGACUUGCUGCAUCCUCAUCUCUCCCUGGACGGACCUCGGCCACGACGGGAUGCGGAACGCGACGCUUUCCAACGCGGACCGCGACUUCCUGCCACCGGACCUGGUCGAGUUUUGCGCUUCGAUGACUCGCGGAGAUUUGCCCCACAACGAUUGGCAGCAUUCGCCAGUUUUUGCACCAGGUCUGCUGCAUAAGAUCCCUCCCACUCUCGUCGUCUACGGCGAGGACGAGCUGUUGGCCGGGCAGAUUGCUCAUUUCGGCAGUGUUUGGCAACAGAAGGGCGCAAGUGUCACUCUGGUGCCCGUUCGAGGCAUGGUCCCUUCCCUGCCCGGCGGGGCCUUGGUGUGGGGUGUCUUGCCAAUGGCGACUAUGGCAUUCUGGGCUGUCACCUUGUACAGCCACGGCCCACGAAGAGACCCGACCAUGCAAUCCACCGAAGAUGUCAACAGCGCAUUAUCCCGGCUCCUGCCGGAGCUGAACCGACAGAUCCACAGCGACAUCAAAGACAGUGCCGGGGACUGCGAGGCGCUGUGGGACUAUCGGACGACCAUCGGGGAAGUGCUGUUCUCCAGUCCGCUUUCAGAGAUCUACAGGAGCUGCGAGGGCAGUGGGCGGCUCGCACACAUCACGACGGACAGGGGAGGAGUUGAUACGGACAUUGCGGUUCUGUGGGCCACCGGUCUCAAGUCCCUGGAGCUCGUAGACGCAUUGGUCACACCGCCGGCUGACAUAUCCUCACCAAGCCAGCAGUGGGCGCUUACGUUGACGGCAAUGUUCAGCAAUCUGCAUAUCUACACCAAAGUCCUCGUCAAUGACAAGGAGUGGCUGAGCGACUACAUCUGCUGCGACAAGACUCUGCACUUCACAGUGAAGGCAAGUGCCGAGUGUCAAGCAGGCAUUGGCUUUAGCGCUUUUCAACUCGAACUUGUGAACAUGGACAAGAUCGACUUCGUGCAGAAAAAGCAGAUGGUGCUGGAUUCAGGUGCACAUGCAUCGUUCGAGCUGGACUAUGGCACAUCUGAAACCGUGGAGAAAGCAGUUGCUAACUUCAUUUCGCUGAAGGCAGGUGCGUUGCUGAUGAGAAACUCCGAUGGAUCGACCACGGACACGCUGCAGACAGUCAGCGAGGCUCUCUCAGCGGUCAUCGAGCUGAACACAGGGCAAAGAUGUCUGACACACGUGUGA